AUGGAAGAUCGAGAUGGUAAAAAACCUUUCAUUAUACCUAAAACUCAUACAUCAAAUAAAGAUAUUAUCAUAUCUGAAAAACCUGAUAGUCGUAAUGUAAUUGAAUUAUUUAAUGAUAUUAAAUCAUGUGCAUUAGAAGUCCAUUUUGAUUUUCGACAAAAUCAAUGUAAAUCUUGUGAUACAAUACGUAAUCAAAAAUUACAAAAGUUAUACAAUGAAAAACGAAUUAAAAUGAAAAAAGAUCACGAUCCAAUAGAACGUUUAGGUUUUCAUUUAAUUGCUUAUCGUGAUAUUGCAUUAAAUGUUGCUAAUAAUGGUCUUCAUUGUGAACAAUUAUCAUUUACGAUUGAAAAAUAUCUUGGUAAUCCUAAAGAUGGUGUUCAUUUAUCAAGACGUCCUGAUGUUCUUUUAACAUCAUCUGGUGCUCAAGGACUUUAUAGAUUUGGUUUACUUAUUUGUAAAAUUCUUGUGGGAAAAGGUUAUGCAACAAUACCAUCAGUAAAUAAUAAACAAUUUUCAGCACAAUUACAUUAUGAUCAUCAUUUUUGUAAAAUUCAAUCGAUAAAUAAAGAACAACGUCAUAUUGAUGAUUUAUUAGCAGAUUCUUUAAUUUUUUGUUACGAACACGAAAAUCUUGAUACCAUUUCUCGUCCAUCACAAAUAUUACCAAUUGCUAUUCUAUGGUAUGAUCUAGCAGAAAAAUUUCCACCUGACUUAAUACCUACAAAUAUCAUCAAAACUCCCUUAAGUCAAGAAUCUCUACGUCGUAAAGGAAAUCUUAAUAAUAAAAAGGUCUCCUUAAAAAAGAAAACAUCUAAUCAAUCAAGCAAACCUAUUACUUUACAUUCAAAUACAUCCAUAGUAUCUCCAGUAAUAUCAAAUUCUAUUAAUCGAGAAGAUUCUAUUCAAGAUACAACUACAACUCAAACAAACCCAAAUUCUACUUCAAUGGAAUCAUUAACACUAUCAACAACAAAAUAUCCUAGUCAUUUUAUGGUUCCAUAUAAUCGAGUAUAUUCAAGUUCAUCUUUAACUACGUCAUCAAAUACUGAAGAACAACAACAACAAAUAAAAAAUUCUCGAGAUCCUCGUUUAUUAAGAACAAAACGUGAACAAACAUUAACAUGUUCAGAAACAAUUCCAUUAUCACAACAAAAUUUGAUCUAUGAAAGAUCUAUAUCAAAUAAUAUCUCAUCAAUAAAUACAUUAAAAACUUCUUUAGAUGAACCAAUACUAAUAACAAAAAGUUCUUCAUUAAUACAAAUUCCAUUAAAAUCUUCUAUAACAUUAGUUGAUCCACGUUUAAAAACUCUUAAAAAUACACGAAAUAUUUUUUAUCUUGAAUUAAAAACUGUUAAACAUGCUAUACAACAACAAAAACGUCUUAAUCAUUAUUAUGAUACAAAAAAUGGUGUAACAUCUAAAACAAGUUAUACACUUAUACCAUUUGUUAUACGACAAGUAUUAAAUGAUGAAUAUGAACGUUUAUUACAUGAUGAUAAUAAUACAUAUAAAUUUCAUAAAUCUUCAAAUAGUAUUGAUCAUUCAUUAUUAUAUAUAUCUGUUAUUGAUUGUUUUAACUUUGGUUUAAUAAAAUCAACAAAUAAUAAUAAUAAUAAUAAUCAAACAUAUAUUGAUUUAGAGCAAUAUGAAAAUAAAUUAGCUUAUGAACAAAUAGAAAUCUCAAACGAAUUAAUACAACGUGAAAAACAAUUAAAUUCACAACAUAUACGUUUACGUUUACGUGAAAAACGACAAAGAAAAAUGCAACAACAAAUAAAUGAAAAAAAAAAUUCUGAUAAAUUAUCAAUUAUAAAUUCAUCAUCAUUACCUAAUUCAAAAUUAUAUAUAACAACUGGUAGACAAUUAUUAAAAGAACAUAUAUUAUCAACUAAAUCAUUAAAUACACACAUACCAUCAGAUUUAUUAGAUUUUUUUUCUCAAGAAUAUAAAAAUGAAAAUCGUCCACAUGUUAAACAUCUUUUAGCUGAACUUGUUGGAAUAUUUAUUGAAAAAUAUCAUAUUGAACAUAAUCAACUAGGAGAACAUAAUGAACAGAAUCAAGAAGAAAAUCUUAGGUCAAUUAAGGGUAGGUUUUGA